AUGGCUCAAUUCCUCGAUCUGCCGAUCGAGAUUCGCAACAUGAUUUACCGGAACGUAGCACGUCGCGCCAGGGUCAGAUUUGCAUAUAUGACGGUCUUCCCACUGUCUACCUGCGGUGCGCUUCUGGUUUGCUGCAAACAGAUCAAUGCCGAGUUCUUCCCGGCCUUCCUUGAGCUGGCUCGGAUCGACUUCUCGCGCAAAAUUCAUAGAAAAACCGGCGUCGUUCAGCUACCAGGCAUCCAGUCGGCUGCCAUCCAGCACGUCAGCCUGGGUCUCAACGUUUUCGCCAGCGAUGGAGGCAUGAUCUUGUUGAAGAACAUGUCCAACCUCAAAUCAUUCACCUACAAGGCUGUUGGUUACUAUAAUAUUCCAGGAAGCGUGCUCAAGCAUGUGGAGGCAUGUCACAACAAGGACGAUACGGUUCCGGAUGAUCCAUCAGACGAGUGCUGUGAUAUUUGCAGCGAAAAGUGUGCGGUAGAUCAUCUGAAAGAUCAGGUCAACAAGUAUCCUGACAUCCUGCUUGGAAACUGCACAGCGGCCGACGAUGAGAAUGGCUGCAAUGGGGACCCGCAAUGCUGCGCUGGCAAUCCCAUUCGCAAAGUCAUCGGCGUCUGGGAGUAUACGGGCAAGCCCUUCAAGCUGAUUGCUCAGGUAUACAUUGAGGAUCUUGAGUUCGCGCUGGACGAUGACUGGAUUGGGUUCUUUGACCUGGGCUCGAAGGAGAUGGUGAUCUGCAGUGGUGAGGACCAUGACGACAUCAAGACUCGGUUCCUUGUCGACCUUCAUGGGUACUAG